ACUGAAAAUUCAAAGCCUAAGAUAUACGGCACUGGACAAUGACACUAACGCCUUUUAGCUUAUACACAGGUCCACGGAAUUUGAUGCCCAAUUCCCCUUCACCUUAAUUGCAUCUACAUGUUCUGGACUUUUGACAAAUUCAAGUCUUUCAUUUCUUCUCUUUAUAUACCCAUCAUCUCUUUUGAUCCUUCUUGGUAUUAUCUUCCAAUUCCACAGCAAAAUAGGAACCUCCAUCAUGGCCUUGUUGUCCAUGAUCUCCUUAGCUUUGCUAGUCUUCUACUUUUCUGUUACUCUUCAUGAAGCUCAAUCAGAAGAAUUCAUUUUCGAAGGAUUCAUUAAUGGAAAUGAAAGGAGGAUUCUUCUUGAUAGAGCUUCUGUUUUGAAGCCUAGUGGUGCCCUCAGGCUCACUAACAAAACGAAAAAUGCCAUAGGACAUGGAUUCUAUUUCAAACCUAUACAAAUGUUUAGCAGCACAUCACCAAAUGCUACUUCUUUCAGCACUUAUUUCGUCUUCUCAAUAGUUCCUCCUGCUUCAGGCCAAGGAGGUUAUGGCCUCGCGUUCGCUAUCGCUCCCACCUACCAGAUCGCAGGAGCUGCUGCUGGGCACCACCUCGGCCUCUUUAAUGAGUCGAAUGAAGGCAAUAAAUUAAACCAUAUUUUCGCAGUUGAAUUCGAUACUGUUAAAGGGUUCAACGAGCCGAAAGAUAGCAAUGGAAACCAUGUUGGAAUCAACAUUAACAGCAUGGAUUCCAAAACGUCGAGGCCUGCUGGUUACACUGACAUCAACAACACACAGAAAGAAGACGAAAUAGACAUGCAUAAAGGUGACCCAAUUCAAGCCUGGGUUGAUUAUAAUGGUGUGAGUAAAACUGUGAAUGUAACAAUAGGUCCGAUGUGGCAACAGAAACCAGUCAAACCACUCCUCCAACAUUCUGUUGAUCUAACUUCAGUUGUGAAGGAGAUUAUGUAUGUUGGUUUCUCUGCCGCCACAGGGGACACACCAGCAAGCUCUCAUUACAUUUUGGGAUGGAGUUUUUCCACAACAGGAGCAGCCCCUCCAUUGAAUCUCUCUCGACUUCCUAUACCUCCAGCCGACAAAGAUUCAUCGUCUUUCCAAUUCUCAUUGAUUGCUCUUAUCGUCGCUUUAUGUGUAGUGACCGUUCUUUUGUCUGGGUUACUGCUCUUUUUCAAGCUUUACAAAAGAAUGAGGCAAUUUGAGACACUUGAAGAUUGGGAAUUGGAGUGUCCACACAGGUUUCGCUAUCGAGAUCUUUAUACAGCAACUAAAGGUUUUAAAGAUACUGAGAUCAUUGGAGUUGGAGGGUUCGGUACAGUUUACAAAGCUGUAAUGCCUAGUACUGGAAAUGAAGUUGCCGUUAAGAAGAUCACUCGUAAUUCGAUUCAAGGGUUGAAAGAAUUUGUAGCAGAGAUCGAAAGCCUGGGACGAUUAAGGCACAAGAACUUAGUGAAUCUCCAAGGAUGGUGUAAAAAGAAAAAUGAUCUCCUUCUAGUCUAUGACUACAUUCCAAAUGGAAGCCUCGACUCGCUGCUAUUCCAUCCGAAAAAUGAUUCGGUAUUGAGCUGGGAACAAAGAUUCAACAUCGUUAAAGGCAUUGCAGCGGGGCUAAUGUACCUGCACGAAGAAUGGGAGCAAGUGGUGAUUCACAGAGACAUCAAGUCUAGCAAUGUCCUGAUAGACGCAGAAAUGAACGGACGAUUGGGAGACUUUGGUCUUGCUAGGCUAUAUGAUCAUGGCAUAAAUUCACACACCACAAACGUCGUCGGCACUAUUGGGUAUAUUGCGCCAGAGUUGGCACGCACAGGGAAGGCCUCGACUAAUUCAGAUGUGUUUGCAUAUGGGGUUCUGCUUCUUGAAGUCGCUACAGGCAGGAGGCCUAUCGAGUCAGGCCAGUUCAUAUUGGUAGAUUGGGUAAUGGAAUGCCAACAAAUGGGAAGAAUUCUUGAUGCAGUUGAUUCAAUGUUGGGGUCAAGCUAUGUAGAAGAAGACAUGAAGUUGGUUCUGGAAUUGGGUCUUCUUUGUUCUCAUCAGAGAGCAGAAGCGAGGCCUAGCAUCAGGCAAGUUACAAGGUAUCUUAACGGAGAUGAGAAGCUUCCUUCAGUAGAAAACUGGGGGUCAAUUGAUUCUAGUCGUCUGAGCGAAAUAAACGCAAGAUUGAUGCAACUGAGAUCAAUUGAAAUGACAAGCACAUCGUAUAACUCAUCUUCCAAUAGAUUCAUGUCCACAAAUUCUAUAGAUGCCGGAAGAUAGUUCUGUUUGACUUGCAAUGUCCACAAAUUCUAUAGGUGCCGGAAGAUAGUUCUGUUUGACUUGCAGUUUUUCCAUGUCGUUUUGUUGUUCAUCUCCGAUCGUUUUAGAAAUUAGAACAGGAUUGAUUCUUUCUUCUUAUUUUUCACACAAAAUUCUUGUAUAGAUCUGAUUUAUCAUAAAUUUAAUAUAUAAAUACAUGACAUUCAUAUA